GGACGUUUUUGUAAUGUAAAAUAAAAUAGGUCCUUUUGGGAUUUUAGGCCAUAAUAUAUAUUAAUUUAUACUGUUAACUUAUCGCCGAGUUCAUGCCUUUGUACCCAAUACGUAUGGGACGUAUUAUAAAUCCUAACUAAAAGAAUCAAAGCAUAGGUCCCAUUCUUCUGACGAUGGCUGGUCCAAUGGAAAGAAUCCAAGUUCUCGAUGAUAUUGAGAAAGAUAUAAUAACAUGUCUUCAGUGUGCAGCUCAAGCACUUCUUGAACUCAGUAAAGAAAAAUCAAGUCAGAAACAAGCUGAAACAAAUACUUCACAAUUUCUGAGGACACUGAGCCAAGUAGAAUCAAAAUUGAGUGACCAAAUAAAUUACUUAACCCAGGUAUCUACUGGCCAGCCUCAUGAGGGAUCAGGGUAUGCCUCACAAAAGGUUCUGCAGAUGGCAUGGCAUAGAUUGGAACAUGUGCGUUCAUGGGUCAAUGAACUGGAUCGCCUCAAGGCCUCACAUUUAGCUGCCAGCAACAGAACUACACCAGGGAAUGUUCCCAAUGGAAACAUGACUUCCUCUGGGACAAGUACCUGAUAUUAUUAAAGAACGAUGGUCAUAUUUGUAAUGAAUUGACCAUUGUUGUAUAAACUAAACUUUAUUAAGUGUAAUUUUCUUUUAAAUGAACAAUCGCUGUUAGUGUAGAUUAUUAAGCUACUCGGAAAUCUAUCUUUACUAAGUAGGUACCUAUAUUCCAUUAUAGUUUAUCUAAUGUAGCAUCAUCAGGAUAUUGUAAAGAUUUUUUUAUUUGUUUUGCAGUAUGCAGAUCUCAUACCACAUGAAUAUUGCAAUCUCUUCAGUGUUUUCUAUCAUACUCCAUGUUGUUAGGUAUAUAUCCAUGUUUUACCUAUUUAUAGCUACUAAAAUAAAAUAAAACUAAUGUGACUGCAUGGUUAUCUCUAAUUCAUAUCAUGUCUAACUCAACUGCAUAAUGUUACAGAUUUUGUAACCUUGCAUUUUCCGGUGAUUUGCUUCAAGAUGUAAACCAACCAAUGCAAUACAGGUAACCAACAUGGAACUGAAGUAUAAUUAUAGAAACUGGAUGUUCACUUACUAGUUCUAAAGGGGUUAUGUUUAAUGUAAAGCUGGGUUCCUUGUGCAAAUUUCUACUCUACAUACAUUUCUCUACAUGGGUAUUUUACAAUGUUUCAACAAGUUAUUCUUGUAGAUAUGCCAGAAAUCCUUGCUUAUGUUAAUCAUAAUUUUAUUUGAAAGCUUUCAAGUAUGAUAACAAUUUAUUCUUUAAAUAAAAUGAAUCUAAGACAGUACUAAUGGCAAAAAAUAUUUGGUCUUACUAAGUGUUUUUACAUCACAGCUGCAUUGCAUUGAUAGUAGUAGGUUUAAGCAAUUUUGAGUAGAUUUUUAAAAUAAUGAUAUUAGCAUAUUGCACAUAAGGGCAAACAACCAUAAGUCCUGUUGAAUUUGCUAUUACAUUACAAUUAUAAAUUUCA